CGCCCCCUCCUCGUUCCCAUGCAGAUUUAUGCGCAUAUAUUUGUAUGCUGAUCAGGCGGGGGUGAGGGAGGGAGUGGGUUGUGUUCAAAAUGGCGGAGCGGGGCGGGCGCGGCAGCGGUCACGGCGGUGGUCACGGCAGUCUGGACAAGAGCAUCACCCUCCCGCCCGACGAGAUCUUCCGCAACCUGGAGAACGCCAAGCGCUUCGCCAUAGACAUCGGCGGUUCAUUAACCAAGUUGGCUUAUUACUCAACUGUACAGCACAAAGUGGCAAGAGUGAGAUCCUUUGAUCAUUCUGGAAAGGACAUAGACAAUGAACCUUUGUAUGAAAUAUCUGUUCAGGAGGAGAUUACAGCACGACUUCACUUCAUUAAAUUUGAAAACACUUAUAUUGAAACCUGCCUAGAUUUCAUUAAAGACCAUCUUGUCAAUACAGAGACAAAAGUCAUCAAAGCCACAGGUGGUGGUGCCUAUAAAUUCAAAGACCUUAUUGAGAAGAAACUGGGAUUGAAAGUUGAUAAGGAAGAUGUAAUGACCUGCCUAAUUAAGGGGUGCAACUUCGUGCUGAGGAACAUCCCCCACGAGGUGUUUGCUUACCAGAAGGAUUCAGACACGGAAUUCCGGUUCCAGACAAACCACCCCAACAUUUUCCCUUAUUUGCUGGUGAACAUUGGCUCAGGAGUCUCCAUAGUGAAGGUAGAAACAGAAGACAAAUUUGAAUGGAUUGGGGGUAGCUCAAUUGGAGGUGGAACCUUCUGGGGUCUUGGAGCUCUGCUUACCAAAACAAAGAAAUUUGAUGAGUUGCUGCAGCUGGCCUCAAAGGGCCAGCACACCAACGUUGACAUGCUGGUGAAGGAUGUGUAUGGAGGUGCCUACCAGACCCUGGGGCUCAGUGGGAAUCUCAUUGCCAGCAGCUUUGGGAAGUCCACCACAGCAGAUAAAGAGUUUUCCAAAGAAGAUAUGGCCAAAAGUUUGCUCCACAUGAUCAGCAAUGACAUUGGUCAGCUGGCCUGCCUCUAUGCCAAACUGCACAACCUGGAUAAAAUCUAUUUUGGAGGGUUCUUUAUUCGAGGCCACCCUGUCACCAUGCGCACAAUAACCUACAGCAUCAACUUCUUCUCCAAGGGAGAGGUUCAGGCAUUGUUCCUGAGACAUGAAGGCUACCUGGGAGCCAUUGGGGCAUUUUUAAAAGGAGCUGAACAAGACAAUCCAAACCAGUACAGCUGGGGAGAGAAUUAUGCUGGGAGUUCUGGGCUUAUGAGCACAUCCCCGGAUGUUUACCCCAUGCAGAGAACACGGAGUGGUACAUUUGACAUGCUGGAAAUGGACAGAUUGGAGAGACCACUUGUUAACCUGCCACUGCUGAAAGACCCCUCCACCUACAUCCCAGACACUGUUGACCUCACAGAUGAUGCCAUGGCCAGAAAAUACUGGCUCACCUGCUUUGAGGAGGCACUGGAUGGGGUGGCAAAGCGAGCUGCAGCCAGUCAGCCAGACUCUCUAGAUGCACAGGAAAGAGCUGAGAAAUUCCGGCAGAAAUACUGGAAUAAGCUCCAGACACUCAGGCAGCAGCCUUUUGCAUAUGGUACCUUAACAGUCAGAAGUCUCUUGGAUACAAGGGAACACUGUUUGAAUGAGUUCAGUUUUCCAGAUCCCUAUUCCAAGGUAAAGCAGAAAGAAAAUGGAAUAGCCUUAAAGUGUUUCCAGAGUGUGAUUGAGUCCCUGGAUUCCCUUGGCUGGGAGGAGAGGCAGUUUGCUCUGGUGAAAGGACUUCUGGCGGGGAAUGUCUUUGACUGGGGAGCAAAGGCAGUCUCAGAUGUUCUGGAGUCUGAGCCACAGUUUGGGUUUGAAGAAGCCAAGUCAAAGCUCCAAGAACGUCCCUGGUUGGAAGAUUCCUACAGCCAGUGGCUGGAGCGACUGAAGGAGGGUCCCCCUCAUAAAUGUGCCUUAAUUUUCGCAGAUAACAGUGGGAUAGACAUAAUUUUAGGAGUCUUUCCUUUUGUCCGAGAGCUCCUUUCUAGAGGGACAGAGGUGAUUUUGGCGUGUAACUCUGGCCCUGCCCUCAAUGACGUCACCUACAGUGAGUCCCUGAUCGUGACGGAACGCAUCGCAGCCAUGGACCCCGUGAUCAGCUCUGCACUGAGGGAUGAGAAGCUGCUGUUGGUUCAGACGGGCUCCAGUUCUCCAUGCCUGGAUCUGAGCCGCCUGGACCAGGGCCUGGCCAUGCUGGUGCGGGAGCGGCAGACCGACCUGGUCGUCAUCGAGGGCAUGGGCAGGGCCAUCCACACCAACUACUACGCCGUGCUCAGGUGUGAGAGCCUCAAGCUUGCUGUCAUCAAGAACUCAUGGCUUGCCGACCGCCUUGGGGGCAAAAUCUUCAGCGUCAUCUUCAAGUACGAAGUGCCCUGUAAAUGAUGAAGCUGGCACAGCCGAUGGACUUGCACUAGUUUUACUUCAACUGUAAAGAAUGUAUUUUUAUUACAACAGGGACAAGAGUUCACAGGAAAUUCCGUAUUUAUAUUGUGCUUUUGUGACUUAAAAAGCAACAAUAUGAUUCACUCUAUAGUCUACACACUCAAAUAUAUAUAUGUAUAUCACUCAUUGUUUAUUUUGGUAAGUGUUUAUUUUAAUGCUGCAGUAUUUGUGAUGAAAAGACUUUAUUUUUUUGUUCUGUGAGACAUUCAUAUAGAAAUAUAUUUAAAUGUCAAUGAAACCUUUUUUAUACAUCUCUGCCUACUCUGCCAGCAGUGACAGCACUUACCAAAUAGUUUCUAACUGCUAUGUGAACCUGACGUUGCAUUUUCAGCUGUUAGACGGCUAAAUCUCUCCUGCUCUGUGCAGCUCAGCUGAUCAAAGGGUUGAUCUACUUUCUCACCCCACAAACGUUGCUCAGGCUGUGACUGAGUAAGGGCUGUUGAUCUGAGUUAAGGAUCAGCCCUAGUUUCCCAACACUUGUUUAUUCCUAUUAGCAGGAGGGACACGGGAGGGAGUCCUGCAGCUACACUGAAUUCCUUCACAGCAGCUGGAAGCUGAGUCUUACCAAGUUCCCCUCACAGAGAAUAUGCAGUGAUGGAGUCAGGAUCACCUGUAACUUCCCAGUCCCCUUGCUUUCUACUGCCUUCAGUUCUCCUGCUGGGACUGACAAGGAUCAGUGUCUGUUCCUGCAGUGCGAUUACAGCCAUUCCCAAGGAACCCAAUUUGCUUUUUUCCUCCUUCAGCUGUGCAGUUCAUAAAUUGAGUGAUUUCACCACCAAUUUGCCCUAACACUUACAUGCCUCAGUCAUCCCAGUGCUGAAAAACAGUUUAAUGAGGAAAGUGUUUAACAUGCAGCUGCGCAACCUGUUCCGCUGAACUUCAGAAUUCUUUGAGAGCAGGAGAGUGAUGUAAAACACCCUACAUGUCUCCUUGCAGGGGAGCUUGGGCUGUGCUGUGUUUGACUCAUCCCCACACUCCUUCCCUGCUCUGGUACUCAUGGAUUUCCACUGUCACUCCUCAAUUCUUGGACAACAAGAACAAAACAUUGUGUCACCCAACAGUGGCCCUUAUCCUGUGAUGGAAAGGGACAAAGGAUAACCCCUGCCUGUCAUUUCUUAGCUCCAGUGGUUCCUUGGUGGCAGGGGCUCCCUUUCUGGGGUUUGGGGUGCAGGGAAGGCCUGUUUGGGGUUACACAGCAGCACUGUAAGUUCUGAUUCAGGAAUUGCCUUCCCAGGGACCAGCACCAGCUCAGGCAGGGCUGGACGAGGCUAUUUAUAGCGUAGUGCUUAAGCUGCUGUUCCUGAUUACAACAGACAGAUGAGACCUUUAUGCUCAUGCAUCAUGACUGUUCCUCACACAGGAAUUAGUAGCAGAUGCUUUACAUUAACCUGUCCCCAGUCACUUCCUCCUACAGGCUUUCAUGGACUUACAGGGUGAACUUCAAACCUAAACAUGGAUCUACCAUCCUGGCCAGCUCAGCCCCAGUUUAUCAAUUUGUCACAGUUCCACUUUACCCCUCAUCAAUCUAAAUUCUUCCAAGCCACUUAAUUUUCUUGUGUCUGCAGCUCCACCACCACUCAAGAAGUGCUCUGUGUGUAUGUAAUUAGCAAACUAACACUCUAGGCUAGCAGAAAAACACCUUCCUACACUGAGAUACAGCUCCUAGGAUGUGGUACAACCCUAACACAGGCCCAUUCCUGCAGCAAAACAUCCUUAAGUGUUUGCCUUCCCUGAUGUCUCCUGGCUUUGUCUGGAGGUUCCUUUUAUGCGUAGACGAGUGCAGAUUUCUUCUGUGAACACAGAGCAACAAGAUUUCUGAAAGAGAAAGGGGGAGAGAAGGCUGUGGGUGGGUUGUUCUGUGAAUCUCUAUUUUCCAGGGAGGGCUGGAGAGCAGGAGCACCAAGGGCCACAUUCGGACACUGGUGCAGUUUCACUCCGUGUGUGUUAUCCUUGUCUAACGACUAAAGAACAGCCACCACUGAGAAUAAACUUGUUGUGGAUCA